AUAAGGAGAAAAGUGCUACAUCAAUAGCUUUCCAGGAGUAAUCCAUUAUUUAUCCAUUAAAUGCGUGGCUGCCAUCACAAAACUAGCUGUGAUGUCACAAAUCCUGCUCAUAGGCCUGCCCCUUAAGAUCAUAUUUUCAUUGAGCAAGGAGAAACUUUCCACUUUCAGCAGAUGAUUGACACAUUAACACAUAAAACGUAAAACACACAGUUUCUCCUGUGCUUAGCCUAUUGUAUUUGUUAAACUACAUCCACCUGAGUGGAGUGAGCCUCUUGAAGCCUCACGUUUCUUCCACCAGAUGGAGGUCUUGUGUUAUAGUUUGUUAAUGGGAACACCCUAACUGCGAUUCAUUUCCUGGUUUGGGCAGUCUGCUUAAAGACAGAGAUCAUACAACACCUUUACUGCUGCGUUGCUGCUCGUUUUGACAACAAUGACCCACCCAACAGAUGAUAUUAUCAAUCCUCAGCCAGAGAGUGGCCGUGCCCUGCACACUCAGGAGAGUGGUGAUGCUGGCCUCUCCUCCAACAUGAGGCACAAGUUCAGUGAUAAAAGUGCUUUGCCCAUAGAGAUUAAAGGCAGCUCUGUGAUACCGAUUCCGACAAGCGAACUACGGGAAAUCUUUGAGAGCCCUGAGAUGGUUGGAAAGAUUAGGCAACACCCAUCAGUGUUUGGGCCUGUAGGUGUCCUGUCCAUGAUGCGCCACACAGAGCCUGAGGCAUACCCUGCAGCUGCUGAAGGGGACUUCUUAAAACUGUCCACUCUGGUUCAAAAAAGCAACUUUCCACCACAAGCCACACCCCAAGCCCUGACUGUCAGCACUUUACCCGGAACAACAGCCAUUACAGAUGCUGAGGAGGUGGUGGGAGGAGAGCAGAGCUGCACCAGCAAGAUGGACACAGAGGGAAACCAAGCAAAACCAAAAGGCUCACCAUUGGUUCCUAGAGAAGGGAGAAAUAAGAACCGUCGCAGAAAAAGAGCAGCCACGAAGAAAUGGAAAUGGUGCCUUCUAGGUUGGAUGACAUUCAUAAAUAUUCGUGCCUGUGGGGGCAAUGCUGAUGCUCAACCUGCAGCAGACCAGGAGUCAGUCAAGUGUUUUUCCUGCAUGGACAAGGAUACAUGUCCAAAGUUGGUGAACAUAUAUGAAACUGCUGACACUCAUCUGUACCAAAGACGCCUAAACCAGCCAUUUCCAGGAUGCUCUGGAAUCCCUGCACCUUCUUCUAAGAGUUGUGCUGUGUGCUAUGUGGAAUCCAGCAUCGCUAUCAUCUGCUCAGGGGAUGUUGGAAGACUGGAGGUGGAAGAUAGUGAUGGAGGGCACAUCGUAAACACCCAUGCAGUCUCUUGUUCCAUCAUGGAAAACAGCCCCAUUGAAAGCAAGCAGAAGCAGCAAACCUCGAACCUCGGUUUACUUACUGUAUUGAUUGGUGGCUGCAUUCUGUUUGUACAAUGGUGGCCACGCUGACCUACAGUAAACAGGACUGAAACUGCUCAACAGUGACGAACACUGCAUGAUCAAGAAGAGGACAGCACUCUACUGAUGUAUUCAGUCAUAGUCUAUGUAUUUUAAUAUGCAUAUUUUAAUUCAUACUAUCUUUGAAUACUUUUAUCACACUCUGUAACUUCAUUUCUUCUUUCCUCAUAUUUCUUUUUUUUACUUUACAAUUUGUGUCUGAAAAUAGCAUUAGAUGUCAUACAUAAAAUAGCUGUAGAGGGUAUUUUUUACUCUUCUUGAUUAAUC